UUCACCAUUAUUGACAUUUCACAAAAACAUCUCUGUCAUGUUAAUCUGAGUCUCGAAAUCUUUGUCCUCAAUUUCUUUCACUGAAAAUGUCGCUUGUAGGAAUGGAUAUAGCUACCCCAAGAAACGUUCAACUAUCUGGAUUUUUCAGGAGGAGCAAUGCUGUUAUGAAUGCACAGGAAAGGAUUCCUAAUUGUUUAAUAGCAAUAGCAAAUGAGCUAACUGCUAGGAUAUCUGAUAUUCGUCUACAGUAUGGACAGGAAGCGGCUGAGGAACUAAAGAUCAUCAUAAAUAAAAUCCAUUCCCUACGAGAAGAAGUGCUACAGGACGUUCCAUUCAGAAAGCUGUUAUCCAACUCUCCUGAUGCUAAAUUUUACAAUGAUUAUCUGGAGAAGAUGACCAGCGAAGACUGUAGACCGACAAUGUUACAAACCGUCAGGGUAUACGCAGAGUGCUACGUAUAUCGACGGGUAUGGGAGUGUUUUGAACUAUCGAGUCGCCUGAAUCAAUUCGACCCUUAUAGUUAUUUGAAAAAUGAAAUUCUGACUGAUUCUCUCGUCCUCUUGAAGAAAAUGACAAAGUAUGUCAUCUCCCUUCGAGAGAAUCCUUCCGAUGAUAAAUAUUUCGAUUUCGACAAAUUGGUGAGAAUGGAUAUGUGGAGUAAUAAAAGAGAUAAACCCUUGAAGCAAGAGUACGUCAGAGACCAGCUGAGAAAUAUCAGAGAUAUUGAUGCUGACAAUGCUCACAUACUGUGCAACAACAGCAAAGCUGCUUGGGAUCUAUUUCAAGCCGACAUUUCAGUGAUGGAAUCCAAUCUUAUAAUAGAUUUCAUUCUCGACGGUUCGGGAUACGAACUGUUCCAAGACUUCUGCCUUGCCGAUUAUCUUACGACUUACACCCCAAUGGCAAAAAUCCGAUUCCACGCCAAAACCAUACCUUGGUUCAUAUGGAGCACAACAGAAAAUGACAUAGAAAACCUCCUUAAUCGGAUGAAGCAGAUGACCAAGAUAUACAUACAGUCUUUGGUGUCAAAAUGGAUUAAUUAUUUCAAUGACGAAAAAUGGCAAGUGGUGACUAGAAAAUUCUGGUGCCUUCCGAAUGACUUCAGCGAAAUGAAGAGCAUCGACCCUUGGCUAUACAAGACCCUCGAAGGUUCCACUCUGAUAAUCAUCAAAGGAGAUAUCAAUUAUCAAAAAGCGGUUGGGAACUACAACUGGAACCCUGAGACACCCCUGAGUCGAGCACUAGAAAAAUUCCAACCUUCGAAUAUUCUUUUCAUCAGAAUCCUGAAAUCGGACUUGGUAUGUGGUCUGGAUGAGGUGGCAGCCAAGAGGGUUGAAUUGUUGAACCGACACAUCUCAAGAGGUUACAUAGGUAUGAUACAAUUCGCAGGGAAACCUCCAGAACCAAAGUGCUUGUUAGAGUGAGAAUAAUGUGAGAUUUUUGAUAGAUAUGUUGUGUAAUUCUUUUGAAUAAAAGACUUUAUCUCA